AUAGUAUCCAGACGGAUUUAUCGUUCUCUUGGGCAUGCAUUAUCACAAUAAUAACCGAGGUUACUUGUACGUGUAGAUAUAAUUACGUUUAGUUCGAAUGUACAUGUACUGUACAUGUUGGUUCGGAGGCUGACCAAACGAAUGAGGCUACGAACAGUGAGUCGUGCCAUGUAUAUGGUGAUAUCGAACGAAGCCUGUCGGUGUUAUUUGGCUUGAUAGUUAUUCACAUCACCAGUGGGCCAAAAACUAGUGAAUUCACAGGCUUCUUACACAGGUUGCUCAUGCUCAAGUAGAAAAGAAGCUGAAAUCGCAUGAUGGCGGCAGGACUGCGUGGGAAGGUACUAACAGUUCUUGGUCCUAUUGACCCGGUGGAUUUGGGUUGCACCCUCAGCCACGAACACCUACACGCAGAUUUCAGUUGUUUCUACUCUGAGCCAAUCACAGAGGAGGGGCGGAGCAUAUGCAAAUCACCCAUCAGCAUGGAGAAUCUGUACUGGUUACGCAAUAAUCCGUGGAAUUUCUUUCAAUUCAGAUACAGUUGGAAGGCAAACCUUUUUCUCCAGAACGAAGACGAGGCUCUCGUCAAGGAACUCCUGUAUCUCAAGAAGAACGGUUGUCAGUCUCUGGUCGAGUUGACCACGCUCGGGCUGGACCGGAACGUCGGCAAACUGGUCGAGUUAUCGACAGCAACCGGAGUCAAUAUCGUCGCGGGAACAGGUUACUACACAUCAAAAACGCACCCGCCGGAAAUGGACAGAAUGUCACAGGAAGAUGUUGAAAAGGUCAUGACCUCUGACCUGAUGCAGGGGGCAGACGGUAGCACGGGUCGGUGUGGGGUCAUUGGCGAGAUAGGUUGCUCCUGGCCCCUGAAAGAUAACGAGAGGAAGAUUCUUCGCGCCACGGCCAGCGUGCAGUCGCAGCUGGGCUGCCCGGUCUCCAUCCACCCAGGCCUGCAUGCCAGGUCCCCCGAGGAAGCAGUCAGAGUCUUGCAGGAGGCUGGGGCGCAGGUGGACAAGAUCGUCAUGGACCAUCUGGACAGAUGUUUCUUCACUAAAGAGUCUCUGCUCGAGUUUGCCGAGCUGGGCACCCUUCUCGAGUUUGACUUCUUCGGCACCGAGGUGGCGCACUGUCAGUUUUACCCGGAGAUCGACUUCAUGAACGACGGACAGAGAAUCCAGAUGAUCAAAUGUCUUGUGGAGGAAGGGAUGGAAGACAGAGUUGUCAUAUCUCACGACUUCCACGCCAAAUAUCAGAUGAUGAAGUACGGUGGCCACGGUCUGUCUCAUAUAAACCUCCAUGUCCUGCCCAAGAUGCGGGCCAGAGGUCUGUCCCAAGACGUCAUCGAUAAAUUCAUGAAGACCAACCCACAGAAAUGGUUGACGUUCAACUGAGCCCACCAGCAAGUCUAGCAACGUGGAAGCUAU